CAGGUUAUUUUCGACUGAACAAAACUUAUCAAAAGUACUUACAAAAAAAACAUGAACGCUGACACGGACGAGGAGCAGCCGGACCAGGCUUCGCUCUGCAGCAUUUGCACCGAGUCCCUCCUUCCGACGGAGGGCGCGAAGACAUGCUCGCUCCGGGUGUGCGCGCAGUGCGGCUACGUGUUCCACAUGACGUGCCUGGAGAAGUGGAAAUCGCAGAUGCUGAAGAACAAAAAGGACCCCUCCUGCCCGAACUGCCGAACCGAGUUCAUCGGUAAGAAGGCCGGGCUGCCCGUGCACUGCAUUCCGGUGGACGGAAAGUGCGCGCAGGGCGAUUUGUCAGUGGAGGAGGAGUACGCGUUGGAAAACCAAAAAUAUCGUACUUAGUAAAGAAUAAGUUGCACGACAAAAUUCGUAUAAGUACGGGGAAGUUUAUGCUUAAUGGAAUUUGUCAUUCUGAUGCACCUAGGAAACGAGAUUUCCCAUGCAUCAUUGCAAUUUAUUACUACGUUUGCGAGAAGUACGAUACUUGUGCAAUGCAUAGGGAGUACCGGCAGCUCCUUCUGGACGACCCGCGGCUGCGCAGCUCGGAGGGCCACGCGGAACUGGUAAAGAAGGAGCAGGAGGC